AUGUCCCGCAUUGAGUUGCUUAGUGCAGGUGGGUAUCGUAUGGAUGGCCGCAAGGCGUUGGAGCUUCGUUCGAUGGAGCUCCAAAUCUCGCCGCAUACAGCGGUGGGCACAUCGUUGAUGCCAGCCACAGCCUCGGCCGUGUCACGACCAGAUGGAUCGGCGCAAGUGACGCAAGGAUUAACGAGUCCUGGUCGUAUUGCGCGGGCACCGACAGUGCGGCAAGAUCGUGCCGCGCUCAAUGUGGAUAUUUCCGUGGCGCCAUGGGGCGGCACAGAGCGGCGGCAUCGUGCACGCGGAGAUCGACGCCUAGUUGAAUGGGGCAAUGCGGUGCGAUCCACAUUUGAGCCAGUGGUGCAUACGCAUUUGUACCCGCGAGCGCAAAUUGACAUUGUGGUGCAUGUGUUGCAGCAAGACGGAGGUGUACUACCAGCGAUGAUUAACGCGUGUACAUUAGCUUUGAUGGAUGCGGGCAUCCCUAUGGCGGACUAUGUAACAGCAUUGACGUGCGGACUUUAUGGGUCUACGCCCCUUUUAGAUCUGAACCUGACAGAGCAGUCUGACUUGCCAUUCAUUACGAUGGCCGUGUUGCCCCGUUCGGGCAAAGUACCACUUCUUCAAAUGGAUACACGGAUCCAUAUGGAUCGAUUCUCAGCCAUGGUGCAAGUGUCUGUGGAGGCCGCUUCCGUGGUGCGCGACGAACUUGACGUCGCGAUGCGUGGACGCACCUCCCAUUUGGUUACAGCGCUGCAUGGGCGUCAGGGCCUGGAAGGCGGCGUGGAUGACGUGGUGAUCGAGGAUUAG